AUUACUUCCACCACCAGCCCCAUAUCUACUGGCUCGGUUCAACCAUGGCAUUCAUGGCCCAACCACCAAACUUAUUGCUCAAAACCACUAGACAGCACCACACCCUCUCCCUCUUCUUUCUUAUUUCAAGCUCCUCGCCUCCAUUUUCAGACUCCCCAUUUUUCUCUUCACCCUCUCACUCUCUUCUUCUCCCAAAACAAUGCCUAGAGUUUCAGUAAAAUGGCUCUUUCUGUUCCUAAUCACAAGCUCUCUGAGCUUCUCCGCUGUUCUUUCUACAGUCUCAAAGAAGGCUUACAUAGUUCAAAUGGAUAAAUCGGAGAUGCCUGAGUCCUUCUCCAAUCAUCUUGAGUGGUACUCCUCUACGAUCAAAUCAGUGGCGUCCCAACUCCAGGAAGAGGCCAAUGGAGAAGAUGAAGAGAGGAUAAUUUACAGCUAUGAAACUGCAUUUCAUGGAGUGGCUGCUCUGCUCAGUGAAGAGGAAGCUGAGAGACUAGAAGAAGAGCAUGGUGUGGUGGCUGUUUUUCCUGAAACAGUGUACCAACUGCACACCACAAGGAGUCCCGUGUUCCUUGGCCUCGAACCCGCCGACAGUACCAGCGUCUGGUCUGAGAAACUCUCGGACAACGACGUCAUAGUUGGAGUUCUCGACACCGGGAUAUGGCCCGAGAGCGAGAGCUUCAACGAUACUGGCUUUACCUCAGUUCCAGCUCAUUGGAAAGGCGCGUGCGAGACAGGACGAGCCUUUACCAGGAACCACUGUAACAAGAAGAUUGUCGGUGCCCGGGUCUUUUACCGGGGAUAUGAAUCCGCCUCAGGGAAAAUUAACGAGAAAGAUGAAUAUAAAUCGCCAAGAGAUCAAGAUGGGCAUGGGACUCACACUGCAGCCACCGUUGCAGGCUCUCCUGUUCGCCACGCAAAUCUUCUGGGCUAUGCGGCUGGGACAGCUCGAGGAAUGGCACCGGGAGCUAGAAUUGCAGCCUACAAAGUGUGCUGGGUUGGCGGCUGCUUCAGCUCCGAUAUUCUAUCUGCAGUCGAUCGCGCUGUGGCCGAUGGAGUUAACGUUUUAUCGAUCUCUUUGGGCGGUGGGGUUUCAUCUUACUACCGCGACAGCUUAGCGAUAGCAACUUUUGGGGCAAUGGAGAUGGGUGUUUUUGUGUCGUGCUCCGCCGGCAAUGGCGGGCCUGAUCCGAUAAGUCUUACCAAUGUAUCGCCAUGGAUCACCACAGUUGGGGCUAGCACCAUGGAUAGGGAUUUUCCAGCUGUUGUCAACCUGGGGACUGGGAAAAGUAUAACUGGAGUUUCACUGUAUAAAGGGAGGAGAAAUCUCUUCACCAAAAAACAGUAUCCUCUGGUCUACACGGGCAGUAACUCAAGCAAUCCUGAUCCGAACUCGCUGUGCCUGGAGGGGACUUUGGAUCCUCACACUGUAGCCGGAAAGAUCGUGAUAUGCGAUAGGGGGAUUAGCCCUCGGGUCCAGAAGGGUCAAGUGGUGAAAGAUGCCGGAGGAGUAGGCCUAAUUCUCACUAACACAGCUGCAAAUGGGGAGGAGCUAGUUGCGGAUUCUCACCUUCUUCCAGCAGUUGCUGUCGGCGAAACUACUGGGAAAUUGAUCAAACGUUACGCAUUGACCAAACCCAAUGCGACUGCAACUCUAGGAUUUCUUGGGACUAGAUUGGGAAUCAGACCGUCUCCUGUGGUGGCAGCAUUUUCAUCUAGAGGGCCAAACUUUCUGUCACUUGAAAUUCUGAAGCCGGAUGUGGUGGCACCAGGAGUCAACAUCCUUGCUGCUUGGUCCGGCGAUAUGGGGCCGUCGAGUUUGCCUACCGAUCACCGGAAAGUGAGGUUCAACAUACUGUCCGGAACUUCCAUGUCAUGCCCCCAUGUAAGUGGUAUUGCCGCAUUGCUCAAGGCUAGGCACCCGGAUUGGAGUCCAGCAGCGAUAAGAUCAGCAUUGAUGACAACAGCCUAUGUUCAUGACAACACUCGCAACCCUUUGAGAGAUGCCUCAACCGGCCAGCCUUCAACCCCGUACGACCAUGGUGCUGGGCACAUAAACCCACUGAAAGCCCUUGAUCCUGGUUUGAUAUAUGAUAUCGGACCACAGGACUACUUCGAAUUCCUCUGUAAACAGAAGCUAACCCCAAUCCAGCUGAAGGUGUUCGGCAAGUCAAAGAGGUCCUGCCGACACACCCUAGCCAGUGGAGGGGACUUGAAUUACCCAGCCAUCUCAGCCGUCUUCCCAGACAAGGCGUCAGUUACCACAUUGACCCUUCACAGAACUGUCACCAACGUUGGGCCUCCCAUGUCCAAAUACCAUGUUGCAGUUUCACAAUUCAAAGGGGUUGCUGUGAAAAUCGAGCCAGCCGUGCUGAAUUUCACCAGCAAACACCAGAAACUGUCGUACAAGAUUACCUUGACCACAAAGUCUAGGCAGUCUUCGCCAGAAUUUGGAAGUUUGAUAUGGAAAGAUGGAGUACACAAGGUGAGAAGCCCAGUUGCAAUCACAUGGCUGCCUCCACUAUAGCCCAUGCUCCUAGAUAUUUGACAUGAACCUGGAUGACGGGCUCUACAAUAACCCUAUGCUUUGUGUGAUGGUCCCAGGAUUCAUUCGUUUUUAUUGCAUCGAAUGCUUGUCUUUUGCUUCUUAUAACAAGGGUCCGUCUUGUCGCGUUCGCACAAGAAGACAA